UAUGUUAUGUUUAGUAUUUUGCAUGCAACGAUCUAAUUCUCUUUUCUGUGUUACGAUAUGAUUUACUAUUACGACACGAUUCAAUUGCAUAUUCCAUCGUCUUAUCGUACUCCUGAAGAUCUGAACAUUUGCCUCUUGUAACCCGUUUAAUACUUGUGCCGUUGUGCCGCGCUCUAUACGAGUUGGCCAAAUGGAGCCAGUUUGGGUAAAAAUGGAGCCCCUGGGCGAGGAGGACUUGCGCGAGACCGCGGAGCAUAUCGCAGAGGCAGCCGUGUCUCAGAAUGAGGCACUUAUUGAAGUGAAGUUAGAGCCUGUUGAGGAAGUUAUUGAUGUGAAGUUAGAGCCUACUGACGAAGUAAUUGAUGUGAAGUCGGAAAUCCAUGUGAAGGGAUGGGAGCUGAAGAUGGAACAUAAUGUGCAGGAGGAGCUUCAAGAUGGAGACGGAAUUUCCAAACGGCAAGACGACAGGAACGCGGAACAUAACAUCCAAAGUACGAAGAAUAUCAAGCACAUCACUAAAUUAAAAAAGGCAAUAAAACCACGAAAAAAAUCACACGCAUGCGAACUAUGUAGCACGGCGUUCACAGCCAGGAGCAGUCUAAACGAACAUAUGCGAAUACACACUGGGGAAAGACCGUACACGUGCGAAAUGUGUCAAAAGAGCUUCACAAAGUCUAACACUUUAAAGAGGCAUAUCCAAACACACACAGGUGACAAGACUUACUUUUGUGAAACGUGUAACAGAGGAUUUUUAUUUUUACACCAAUUGAAACAACAUGAAAGAAUGCACAGUGGGGAGAAACCGUUCACCUGCGACAUCUGUAAAACGAACUUUGCAAGACUGAACACUUUAAAGAGCCAUAUAUUUACCCACACUGGAAAUAAACCCUAUUCUUGCAAUAUGUGUGAAAAGGGCUUUGCACAAUGGAGCACUUUGCAAGGUCAUAUAAGAACGCACACUAAAGAGAAACCGUACGAAUGUAAAAUAUGUAAAAAUAAAUUCUUAAGAUUGUUUACUUUAAAGACACAUGAAAGAAUACAUACAGGUGAGAAGCCAUACUCGUGUGAGAUUUGUAAAAGAGGGUUUGCAGCGCAUAGCGGAUUAAGGCAUCAUAUGGCGCGGGUUCAUGCAGAAAAGACGAAUGGAGCUUAAGUGCAAAGUUCAAGCGUAAAGGAUAUGGUGAUUCACAACAUAAGGACAAUAAGGAUGGCAACUGUCAAAAUGGAAUUACAAAUGACGAUUUUUGAAAAAGCUAAAUUUGUAUGGUGGGAAGUAUUUCUUUAUUUUUUGACAAAAAGACAAUGUACGAAACAUACUCCUACUAAAACUCCUGAACAACUCCGAAAUGAGUAUUCACUGCUUUCCAGUAAUCUGAAAUUUAAGGUUGUAUAUUAAAAUAAAAUAAAACAAAUAAAAUUAUAGAUUGGACUUUAUAUGGAACUUUACAUAGUUUCUUCGCUUGGUGACUAUUUUCGUUGUGAAAAUCAAUCCUAAUUUUUUAUGUUAUGAUGAAAUGUAAAAGAAAAAAACUGAACGUCUUGGACAACAGUUAGCUCUUCCAUAUCUAAUUACAAUUAUUUAGUAUUAUACUAUUCUUAAAACUAUGUUUCUUUAUUAAUUGUGUGUGUGUGUGAUCCAUUUGUUUGAUUUUAAUCGGGAUUGUACUGUUUUGAGCGGAAAAUGCUUAUCGAUUAAAGGUAUAAUA